AAUAUAUUUGUCAGUUGAAGAUGGAAGGGAAAGAGCAGACGUUCGAAACGGCAGAGACCGACCACGGACCAGAAAGUUCUCUUCCAGGAGACCUAGAGGAAGAUAGCUCAAGCGAAGGAUCAGCUGAUGGCUAUGAUGAGCUUAAUGAUCUGGACUGCUUUGGAAUUGAAGCUAUUGAUCGUGCCUGUAUGCUUUUGUAUCCAGAUCAACCAAACCCAAUCCAGGCAGAGGCUGUUAUGAAGUACUGGCUUGGGGGACCACAUCCUCUGGAUUACAUAAGUAUGUAUUCUAAUGAUGGUGAUGAGAACCUCGGUGUACCACCACAUUGGCAUUACAUCACAUAUGGCUUUACUGACCUGCAUGGGGAUGACAGAGUUCACAGCUAUACUGGAAGAGGAAUGCCAAGUGGCUUUGGUUUUGAGCUGACAUUUCGGUUGAAAAAAGUGGAAGGAGAGCAAACAGCUCCCAUGUGGCCAACUUCUCUAUUGAAUAAACUGGCAGCAUAUGUUUUCCAUACAGGUAAUGUGCUCCAUGUUGGUGAUCACAUUCCAUGGCACCAGCCAUUAGAUGGAAUGGGAAAGUCACGGAUUCAGCACAUGCUAGUUGCAGAAGAACCACAGCUCCUUGACUUAGACACGCCUUAUGGGAUGGCUCAGUUUAGGCAGAUUGUUGGAGUAACCGACGAAGAAGUUAAGUCAGCACAGCGUUGGAAAGGAGCAGGUAUAUUAGAACUUCUUGCAAAGGACCUCAUGGUCGGGCCAUAUUUUAUCACCGACUUGGCCCGAGACCAGUCCAUCUUUGAUCGCAACCCCUCUCUUGUGCAGUUGGUUGAUGAGGGCAUUGAAAGAGAUGGGUCUAAUCUUGGACAUGUCACAGCACUUUGUGCAUGGUUCAACAUGAAUGAGGAAGCACUGACUGAAGCCGGAAAAGGAAAGACAGGAUGUGGUAUCUGCACUCAGGUAGGAGGUGGAGAAGCAGAAAACCAGGUUUUCCAAGGAAAAAGGGAGAAAGUUGGAUCUGGAGACAAAAAAGGUGGUGGUGAUUCAGCCCCAUCAUCCUUACCCAGAACGGACAUUCCUAAAAACAAGGAUAGUAUCAAGCAACCUACUUCUGGGAUUGAGCAGCCUGACAGCACCCUUAAAGCUGAUGCUAAUGGGGAGCAGGAAGAUCCAACCCCUGGAGAAAGCACACUAGUGACACCAGAUGAGGAGCAGCCUGUCUUUGUUAACAUCGAUGCCAUUCAUUUGCUGUUUGACUCAGAAGCUGCUGAGCUGCUGCCUCUUAUUGUAAAAGGACGUCUGGGGAAGGGACGGUUCUUUAUUUUUCAUAAUGCUGAAGGACAGGCUAUCCAUUUUGUGCCUCCUGAGCUUGCCUCACAAGAAAAUAUUGUGGUUUCACCUGAAGAACCUAUGAAAUGCUCAGGCCAGUAUCUUCAGCUGUUUUGCUCCAAUGCAUUGAUGGAUGAAAUCAUGGAAGAAUUUGGCUACCUACAGAAUGCUGACAAAACCAAGACAGGUACAAAGGAUAUUAAACUGAAAGAGUUGCCUAUCACAAUCAAAGUUCUUCAGAAGGGAGGGCCAUUGAACCCUCAACAGUUUUAGCAUUUUGAGCUGGCUAUUGGUCAGCUGUGCUAUUUCAUGGCAACAACAGAUACCAAGCCUACAUUCUGCAUGCACCAUACAAGCAGUUGAUUUGUGACAGGUUUUCCAUUACCUUCAUGCUAUUCUUAUUGAUUUAAUAAUCAAUAAAAUUCCCAUGCAUUUUAUUACCAAAAUGUCAAAACAAACAAACAUUUUUUGGGGGAAACUAUGGCCUUUUUUCUAAGUGAUUCACAGCUGAAGUGAUGUCAGAAUAUCAACAAAGAUUACCACUUCUUGUUACCUUGUUUAGCAGGGGCUUACCAAUUCUCCUUCCUAUGUGCAAAUAAUCCCCAGAAACCAUUUGUCAGAUGCAAAUUAUUAGUGCCUGCCUUGUAACUGCUAUCUCAAACAAAAUAUUUGUAUUUUUAAUCUAUGAUACUAGUCACAUAUAAAGGCUACAUCUUAUAAAGGUUAUCCAGUCAUAAAAAAUUAUCUUAUAUCUUCAUUAGCAGGAAGUUUGUUUUUUGACCACAUGAUAUGACUAAUAAGCAUAACAACGAGGGUAUAUUUCCACACUAGCUUCGAAUUUUAUUUUUUUUUUCUUUCUCUCGAUUGUCUUCCUAUCGAUUGUUCACAACAAAUGGAGUCAUUAAGUAAAUGUAAUUGUAUGCUAUGUUUAUGUUGAAAUUUUUUCACAGUGCUUGAUAAUUUCUUUUUAUGUGAUAGAUAUGUCGAAGUUGGUUGCACUUAAAAGCAAAUUUUUUGUUCAGAUGUCACUUGUGAUUAUGCAUAGCUGUCAGAGAAUGCAUUACAUAAAUAUGCACGUUUUGGAACUAUUUUUGCACAAUGCCUAUCUACCCAUGACCUUACUUACAAAAUGUGUGAAGAAUCUCACAAACCGACUUUUACUGAUGUUUCACUUUAUCUCCAUCCAUGCGAUAACUUUUGUUCUAUUUUACUGUGUUAUUUUUGUAUUUUGGAAAUACAUCUUACAUCUCUAUUCAAUGUCAGUCACCCAGUAUAUGCAUUUAAACAAAUGUUUUCUGGUAAGUGUUGUUGUUUGGCUUUAUCUUUAAUAUGUUUUUGAUUUCAACUAAAUGUUGGUGGCACUGUCAAAUGUUAGUCAGAAAACCAUUUUCAUUUAUUUUUAACCAUUAGGAUUAUGUUUGACAUUAUUUUCUUUCAUAUUUUGUAAAGUCAGCUACACUUUGCAAGUAGUACCUGCACUGCCACUUCUAUUUGCAAGAUACCGUUGACAAAGGGAUAAAUUAUGAAUACUCAAUAACCAUUUAGUAAACAGUUAUGUAAGUCAUAAAAACAUGCCAAAAGAUAGGUUUCAUGUUUGCAAUUGUCGUACUGGUCAAAUUUUUUGCAUAUGUACGCAGACUCAAAAAUACAUUCUCAUCAUUUGCUGUUGGCCAGCUAUAGCCAUUCUCAUCCACCAGUCAUUAGAUAAAUAAUAGGUUAUAUAACUGCAUAUGCGGUGGGUUCAGCCUCCAUUUUUAAAUAUAACAUCUUUGCUGUUGAUUGCUUACUGACUUCUGCUGCCAGUCAUUAUUCUACCAAAGUAGCUUUCCAUGACCAUGCAUUGGUCUUCAUGCACAGAGAAAUUUGUAGUUAAGUUUCUGGCAGAGAAAUGUGUGUCUACCUGUGAAAGUUUGGAGGUAUAACAUGGGAGCUGGUGGGUAGGGGAAGAAAAGCAUUUGACUUCACAGACUGGAGGGAGCUGGAGUAUUUAUUUGCUUAAUACUCUGACAAUAUAUAAAAAUUACUGAGUCACUGACUGCUAAUGUCAUGUUUUGCAGUUCUUAUUUACAUUUUUACAAUAACAAUGUGUCAAAAACAGUCAACAUUUUGCCUUCAAAUAUAAAUUGUUUUAAGGCUCUGAAUAGUCUUGUAAAUUAUUUGUAAAAUAUUUAGGAAUUUAUAUGGUAUGAAAUAAUACAAAACUGGGCUCCGAUUCUGCCUAUCAGCUGUCAUAAAGUAAGUUAUAAACUGAAGUCUUUCUGACCAGGAUGUUUAACCUGUAUCUGUUUUUACAGUACCUUGCAAGUCCAGAUACAAUGUAAAGCAUUCUGUUUAUGUGAUAAGUUGAGCAAGUCUUGAGGGAGAGAAAGAGAGAAAAAAUUGACAGUGAAUGUCUCCAUGUAUUUAAUAUUGCAUAGCAUUUUCUUGUUGUAUUAAGAUAAACUAUUGUAUUAUUUGAACCUUCUUUGGCUGAAACAAUGAAUUUUAUUUCUUGUAAAAUCAGAGUUAUCAUAGAUAUACUAGAUACUGCCAGAAAUUUCUGCCUAAAACUGUUUGGGGAAGCUUCCCACUAGAGAUCUUUUACAUUUCCAAGUGUGCCAUUAUUAGUAUUUGGCCAAUCAGGUGGUACACAUAGAUCAUCACCUUUUUAUGUUCUGAUAUGCCAGUGUUACUGGGGGAUCAGUUGUAUGUGUACAUAUAUAAGAAGUACAUAUUUUCUAUAUCUAUUUAAUACUCAUAAUGAGUCAAGCCUGCAAUGUAUGACAUCAAAAAUGUAAAACAACGAACCAGCAACACCUAAUUUAAAAUAAAUGUAAUAUCUUCUAUAUUAGCUCUUUUGGCUAUGUGUUGGCAUUAAAUACUUCAGUUUUGAGACCUUGUUCAUUUCCUUUAUAAACACGUUGUAAAUGUUGGUUUCUCAAAGCUUGUUGUCCAGUCAUAUUCAAUAAUUUUUAUCACAAAAAAAACCAAAACAAAAGUAUUUGUUGUAAUUAUUAAUAACCUGUUCAUACAGGAACAAACUAAGGUUGUGAACAAAUGAUCUACUCAUGCCUUAUAGCAAAAUGGGUUUGUAUUUUUUUUUUUUAAGCUGUCAAUGCUGUCAUAUCAAGCCAAAACCAAAGCUGGAGUUGGUGAUGUGUUCAAAUGGUGCUGCAUUAGUAUAUUUUGAAUGUAUAAAUUCAGGUUUAAGCAAGGAAAUAUCUUGGUGCAUUGAGAACUUUUAUUGAUAGCCUUUAUUGAUGGAUAAACCUACUAAUGACCAUAUCAUCAGGGAACUGUGUGAUGGGUCCUUGAGCAGUGCUUCCUUUCAAUGACAUUUUUAUGUUAACCUUAGAACCAGGCAUGGCAUGAAUUACUAGCAUGUAACUCUUCUUAUUUUGUGAUCGUGUUACUCUUGAUUCUGUGAAUAAGCAUUAUAUCUUUAUUGUAGAUGCUGUGACCAUUAAACCAGACUUAGUUUUUAACUGAACUCUCAUAUUUAGUCUGUUAAUCUAUUACAGUUUUUACCAACAAAGUCUUAUUAUUAAAUUGUCAAUUCAAAGCUUAUUGGAGAGGUCUAAUAAUCAAAGGAAAUUUUUUUCAUUUGUGGCUUAUCUGCUUAAUUUGCUGAAUUGGCAUGCAGCUCUCCAAUUUUGUAGGGUUUUUAAGAUUUCUCUGCUGCAAGUACCUUCCUCAUCCCUAAAAGUGAAACCUAGGCAACAUUUUAAAAAAUAUUUUUCUAUACACAUCAUGCACCCUCAGUUUAAUAUUCCCACAAUUCACGGGCAAAUCAUUAAAUUGUGACUAGGCUGUGAACAAAACUAGGUACGAUGAAUUGUCUUUGUCAAGAUGCAUUUGUGCUUGCAGACCUGCAGUAGCUAAGGGUUUAGCAAAGUGAUCUGAAGAAAGUCAGUGUAUUGCCUGUCUGUUCUGGAUCCAUCUCCGUGAAGAUUUGUAUUACCUCUUCCACAUAAAAGUGUCCAAAAUUUCACAAAGUGAAAUGAGUGAGCACUAGGGACACUUUUACACAUUAAAAAAAAAAAGAUUAAAAAUUUGUCCCCUAUAUAAAACUGCCUAUAUUUCACAGGGUGAGUCUUAUGGACACUUUUGUGUAUAAAAAGAAGAAACCCAGCCUGGAACAUAAAGCUCAAGUCCCUUUUGCUGUAGAGCAAAUUGUGACCAUAAUGUCACAAUAUAUGUAAUUAGAUCAUUUUUAUUCUGAAAUUGUUUACAAUAAAAGACUUUUAUCUUUGAAUAUUGUUAAACUUGAUGUUGCCUGCCAGAGACCUAGAUUUUAAGGUUUUCUCCUGUAACAAUUCCUUCUUCACCCUGUUAGAAUUUUUGAAACUUUUUUUUUCCAGAACUGCUAGAAACUGCACAUUUUCAAGAAAAUUUACAGUGUUUUUUAAUGGUAUUGGAUCAAACUUUAAAUGUUUAAUUGUCUGCUGCCAAAAUAGAUUACCAUCUUUAUUGCUUUUAUUUAAUUAAGCAGUGAAUCUUUCCUGGUCCCCUGUAUUGCAUGCUAUGUCAGCAGACAGUCUCAUGCAAACAUUCCACUUAACAAAGAAUUUUUUUCUCUAGUUGCUGUCUAGACUGUGUCUUCUAGUUUAUUUAUUCAUUGUUAUCAUUUAUUUGAGUACUUUGAAGGUUACCCAUUUGUUCUAUCUUUUGAAAUACCACAAAGUAGCCCAUUAUACAUGUGAAUGUACGCAGGCGUACAUACACUCCCACUCACUUGCAGAUCAUAUAGCACACUGGUACAAAGUAGCUUUAUGUUUUUGUCUACCCAUCCCUCAAAAUGCAUAUCACUGAAUGGAAUAGACCUAGAUGUUGACAUUUUAAAUCUUUUUCCAUUUCCUGAAAGCCAAUUGAUCCAACACUCACACACACACACACUAGUCAGGUUGACUUGAUGCUGAAUUCACCCCUCCCCUUUUUUAAAAAUUCUGAAAUGUUAGGAGAGGAGAGAGGUUGUGCAUGCAUGUAUUUGCAUUUUUUUAACCUUCGUAUUUAAAGUUUAAUUGGUUUAGCUCUUUAUAUUAUAAGGGUUCUUCAGUUAUUUAUUCAAAUAUACAAUGUAUUUUUAUCUUUUAACCUGUGUUUCAUUGCCAUAUUGUAACUUGUACCUUUUCAUAAAGUAAAUCGGUUUCACUUUAGUAGUGCUGUUUUAUUUCAUUCUUUACCUUCAUUUCAAGUCUUCUUUACACUUUCCCUCCCCUUAUUUUCCAGAACCCUUUGCUGUGCAACUUGAUGUUUGAUCUCUUUACUUUGUAUGCUUUUUUUCAAGAGAAAGCUUUUUUCCCAAAGAUAAAUGUAUUUUUCUUGUUAUUUCAAUUUUUGUUAAGAGAUGCUCUCUAUUUCUCUUUAUGUAUUGACUGUAUACUUGUAUUGUGCAAUGAGAAAACAUUUUGGUCUCACAAAGUACACGUGCUAUAUAUGACUUUUUCACACAUUUUUACUACUUUUUUCUUUGGAGCAAAGUGAUGCUCACAUGGAUCUUGUCAUGCUGUGUCACGUUUAUCAAAAAAAAAAAAAAAAUCAUCUUGAAUACGCACAAGUAUUGACUUUAUAUGUAGAGCAUACAACAUUAGGUAGACAACUUUUUUUUUUUAUUCUGCUAUAAAACUGCAUCUCAGGACCAAAAUUCUCAGAAAUUAUUUUAUCACCCAUGCUUACUUUGCAUUUUUGUUUAAGCUGAUCAAAACUUGAUGACUAAAGUGCUUGGGGUAUUAUUAGGAAAUGCAAAAGCAUUGUCAUAAACUAAAUUUCUGUUGUUCAUAGCUUUGCUGUUCCAUCUGUGCAACUGCUAAAAGUGUUGGUUGAAAGUCAAGAUGUUUGUUUUGGCUCCCCCCCCCCAAGUUAAAAUAUUGCUACAUCACUUUAAAUAAAAAGAAAAAAGAGAGGCCCUGUGUUCUCGGGGUAUAGCAAUUUCUUUCUGAAACCCUACCUUCAUCUGAUCUUUUUCUUUAGAUGCAAUAGGCCUGAUGGUGUCAAAAUAAAUGACAGUCAUAUAUCUGACUAUUCAUUCGAAAAACAUGAUAAAUCUUUUUUAUUUUAUAACUGGAAUGAUUGAUGCUAACUUAAGAUAAUCAAAAAACGAGCUAUUUUAACUAAGAAAAGCUCGAAACAUUUUGAAGCAAAAGUAAGUAAAAUUUUAUUCAGAUAUUUAAGACUAAAACAGAGGAAUGCUAGACUGCAUUACUGUUUUCAGUAUGGCAGUCAUACUAAGUUUUGUUUAUCUUUUAGGGGGGAGGGGUCAGUGGGGAAUAGGUGUGUUUCUUGAAAACCACGCUGUUGUUUUUCUAGCUUCACAGGGAUUUAGCUCAUGUUUUGUCACUGUUUGCAGUGUUGAAAUGCUUUGAGUUAAAAUGACAUGUUUUCUGGAUCAUACUUUGCUUAAGUUGGUUUUUAAACAAAAAAUGUAUAGUAUUAUAGGCUUUCUAGUGCUUAAAAAGUUCACUAUUUAAUGUUUGUUUUGCAUAAAAAUGUUCCAUGCAGACUGUUGCUGACAUUCCACUUUUUCAUACUUUUUUUUUCUUUAUGUAUGUUCUUAUUUAAAGCUUUGUGAUUUAUUUGCUUCUUGCAAAUGCUCAGUAAAAAGCGUUUCAGCUUA